AUAUGAAUCCACAAGGAGGAGGAGGUGAUCCUUUAAAAGAAUUAUUUAAUUGGGCUGUUGCCAAUUCAUCUUCCGAAGAGUUGAGAAGACAAGCAGCAGAUUCAACAGGAAAUCCACAAGAAUUAACACCAGAAAAAAGGGAAAUUUUGGAAUAUAUUGCUUCUCAAAUGAAAGGAAGUGAUCCAUAUACUGUCAUUAAAAAGGCAUUGGCUGUUAUUAGAGAUGAAUCUUCAUCAGUUGAUGAUACUCUAGAUGCUAUGGAUCAAAUUGAUGAAAUUGUUGGAAAAAUUGACUUUGCUACUGAUUUCCACAAAAUGAAAGGAACUGAAUAUAUCUUUGACCAUUUCCUUUCUUCGGAGAGUCAAGAUGAAAGAGCUGAUGAAAUUGAAAUUAAGUUGGCUUCUCUUCAAAUACUUUGCACCUGCCUUCAUAAUAAUCCAGCCAUUCAAACUGAUGACCUCUAUCAAGUUAAAUUCUUUAAUUAUUUGGCAGAUAUUUUGGAUAAUCCAAGUUCUAAAGGAAAGGCAAUUUUAAAGAAAGUUGGUUCUUCUCUAGCUGCACUCAGUUCUAAUCAACCAAACACGUUGAAACAAUUCAAUGAUAGACAUAUUAUAGGAAAGAUUACAAAAAUAAUGCAUACCGAGCAAGAUGAACAAGUAUUAAGCAAAUUUAUGUUUUCACUUUUAAACGUUGGAUUUGAUGGAAAAGACAGCUCUAUUCCUUAA